UGCUGGAGACUGUUUUGGAGCACAUCUUCGCUGCCACAGGGCCCAGCCAGCCAGCCACAAUGUACUGCCUGCAGUGGUUGCUACCUGUCCUGCUCAUACCCAAGCCCCUCAACCCAGCGUUGUGGUUCAGUCACUCAAUGUUCAUGGGCUUCUACCUGCUGAGUUUCCUUUUGGAACGGAAGCCGUGCACAAUUUGUGCCUUGGUCUUCCUGGCAGCUCUAUUCCUCAUCUGCUACAGCUGCUGGGGGAACUGCUUCUUGUAUCACUGCACAGGAUCCCAGUUGCCAGAAUCAGCUCACGAUCCCAGCAUAGUGGGCACCUAGAAACAAUAAUUUUCCAGUCUGCUGAGGGCUCUUGUUUUGCUUUUAAAAAGGGGGUGGGCUAGGGAGGAGGGAGGGGGUGUUAGGCAUGUGACUGGAAUAAAGCCAGCCUGUUUCAUGUAACUGUGUGUGGACUAGAGUGGUAAAUUCCUCCCACUCUGCCUGUGAAAUUCAACUUGUUUACUGUGUGAACUCUGGCAGCACCACCUGCUUUUUUAGAAGCAGAAAUCUUUGUUUUUUUUCUUCUUUCCCCUUCCCGUAUCACCGGGAACAGACACCA